AGUAAGCACCCCUCCACAAGUCAGGUCUAUACAAAAACACACAAAAACACCCCAUACUAAAAGCGUACAGUGCUUUUUCUAGUACUUUCUUGCAGUCAGCUUAGUGCUAACUAAUAAGCGUAGGUGAUGCCUUAUCUAUAUGGCGUAACGGACACCAAGUUCAGGGUCAAGAAGGACACCGACGGGCACAGCCCUGUUCCUCCAAUCAAAUUUCGACAUAACACUUUGGUAACAUGUCGAGUCCAGUACGGUCAUGACGAAUGGCCCAUCCAGUUCCGAGCCUCGCCUGUAAGCCUCGUCGAGCUAUGUGUUAAUGUAGUCGAUAAGCUGCCGCUGCCCUCGGUCUUUGAAUGGACCGACAUGAAUAUACGGCUAUGGAUUUGCCGCUAUGGGUAUCCACAGUAUAUGAACACUUUUCGUCAGAAUAUGAUCUGGGGUCGAAAGUUGUUGUUACUGGACGCCGAUGCGUUGUCGGCAAUGAAUAUCAAGGAUUUUGAUCACAUUAAGCACAUUACCUAUGGCAUUCGCAUGUUGUUUCACUUUGAGCUGACGAAAUUCUCGCACAGUAUUUCGCUGCCGGAUGAGAAACCCAACGAGCUCUAUUUGCUGUGGCACACGCAGACGGGCCUCAACUAUGAUGCAGUUCGUCGCUCGGAUCUGUACAGACGCAUGCAACUCAUACGGGAACGUUCUCCUUCCCUGGAUCAUUGGGAUAUGCUCGAUUUGUGGCUGCGUCGCGAACGUGAACGCAAGUACACGGAGCUUGUUGGAGCCGUGCCGCGUUAUAAUUUGUACUCGUGCCCCGAGACCCCAGCAGAGAGUACAAGUCAGACCACAUCGGAAUCUGGCUUCGAUGAUAACUAUUGUCAUACAUGUCUACCGCCCUGCGAAUGCUGGUGGACAGAGCGGGAUACAUUGUUGCCCUGGCGUCUGAGCUGCCUGACUCCGGGCAAGCAGGUCACACACAGCACCUGGAUGGCCACUGAGAAGCACUGCGGAGAGUGUAUACCGCCGUGUGAGUGCCGUUGGCUAUCGCGUUACUAUCUGACUGGCACGGUGAUCAGCUGUCUGAAGAAUAAGUUUCCAGAAAAGUUUGCACCGAUUUUCGAUGCGACCGGCCCGCCAAAGAUACGCGAGAGUGUAGUGGUACGUUGGACGCGUUUCUCGAUUUAGAUUUAGAUAGUCUCUGUACGAUAUAAGUGUGAUAAAGGAAUUACAAUCUGAAAAUUAUAUUUAAAAAAAAUAAAAACAUAUACUAUAUGUAUAUAUAAAAGGGAA